AUGGACGCGAUUAUCUCUCAGCUGCAGGACCUCUUCGAGGGCCAAAUUGAUUUCGAUGGCCAACGACUUGCGGAGACGACCUCCACGAUUAUUCUUACACUCUCUUCGGUUCUUGCUUUCGUCGCUGGCUUCGUUCAACAAGACAUCUACCUGAUCAUGUGGAUUGGACUGGCCGGUACCGCUCUGGCUAUGCUGCUUGUCGUUCCCCCAUGGCCUAUUUACAACAGACAUCCCCAACCAUGGCUCGGCUCCAAAGCAGCCUUGCCUCCAGGUGGGAUCGUGGUGGGAGGGAAAGCUCGAUGA